AUGGACGUGCCCAGGAUGGCCGAGGGCUUCUUCAGCAGCACGCUGACGUCGUCCUCGGGCGGGGCCGGCGGGCACCACGUGCACCCCUACCUCACCCUGGAGCAGAAGGCCGCCUUCGUCUUCGUGCUGCUCCUCUUCAUCUUCCUGGCGCUGCUCAUCGUGCGCUGCUUCCGCAUCCUGCUGGACCCGUACCGCAGCAUGCCCUCGUCCAACUGGACCGACCACACCGAGAAGGACACCUUCGACUACCGCAUCGUCUGA